AUGAUAUUUUGGCGUACGUAUGUGGUCAUAUUACGGAUAUAUAAAAUCAGUCUAUGUAAUAUGCCCAGCGCCACAUUCUCAGCCAUAUUUCAACUGCACAUAUUUGCACCGCUAUUACUCUUACUGAUCAAGCUCAAACACGUUGGGUUUGCCAUACUAGCCCUACUGGCCUGUGUUGGUUGCUUUCUAAGCAUAGUACCAAGGUUAUUCAUGGACUUUCGGAUAAUGCCCUACGAAGUAGACCGCAUGGAAUCUACGCCCGAAAUGAGCCAUUCAUUCAUUCACUACUUGGGCUCUACUGAGCAAAACAUCUCGACAUUCAUAGUGGGUCUGGUGUGGGGUUAUCUCAUACGCUGUAAACCCGACGCACUCAACAAAGUGGGCAAAAACGGUGUGCUUUGC